UGCAGCCCCGGUAAACCCAGGUUGGCCCCCCAGAAUCCCAAACCCCUGUGCUUCCCACACGAAACCCUAGCGAAGGAGCCGCGGUGGCCAUGGCGACCGGCGGCGACAAGCCCCCGUCCCUCGACGCCGACAUCGACAUGAACGACCUCGCCUCCCUCGACGCGCCGGCCGCCUCAUCCGCCGCUGCCGCCCCCUCCACCCGCUUCCGCCCCAGGGCCAAGGGCAAGCCCAUGCCGAAGCCCGUGCCCAAGCCCAAGCCGGAGGCCGUGCCCAAACCGGAGACGGAGCCGGAGCUGGUGAUCGAGACCCCCGCGCCGCCGGAGGAUGAUCACGUGGACGCGAUGGAGGUGGACGGGGCGGGGGACGCUGCUGACCUUGGGGAGGGGGAGGAGGACUUCGUGGUGCGAGAGAUCGAUGUGUACUUCACCCCCAAGCCCUUCGACGAAGACACCAAGCUGUAUGUUAUGCAAUACCCCCUGAGGCCAUGUUGGCGUCCCUAUGAGUUAAAUGAGAUAUGUGAAGAGGUUCGUGUUAAGCCAUUGAGUUCAAAAAUUGAAGUAGAUUUGAAUAUCAAUACGCAGAGUGAAAAUUACGACGAAGAUGUCUCCGCAUCUUUGAGACUAACAAAACAGACACUAUCAUCAUCCAAGGCAGCUGAUGUGGCUGAUUAUGCAGUUGGAGUUCUUCAAGGCAACUUGGUUCAUUUGAAUCAUAUUGAUGCAGUGCUGCAACUGCGGCCAUCAAUGUCAUAUGUAAAUUCUACCCGGUCGCAUGCUAGGCAGGCUCUACAACCCCGGGAAACUAAUGAUGGUUCUAGUGGCUCAAUGGUUCCAUCAGUUAAGGGAAAUCAGCGCCUAGAAGAUUCCAAGGACUCCACAGAAGAUUCUGAGCCAUGGAUUUCUCUCGCUUACCAACCAGCAGAGAGUAAUAUUGCAACCAAGUACCAUAAUAAGAUGAUAUCAAAUGAGGGUGGGCCUAUAGAUUUCACAAUGAGCACAUCCGAUUAUGUAACGUCCUUGUGUCCUGGAACAUCGACAAGCAGCAAGCGUAUUAACAAAUGCCAAGCAAUAAGGGAGAUGGUUUCGCUACCACUGGAAGACCGCCUGAAGAAAUGGUUUACUGAGGUCUCAGAAGUAAAUCAAUUUGAUGCCCUAAUGCACCUUGCUCCAACCUAUUCAGAGGAAGAGGUUUUGAAAGUGCUUCCAGGGUAUGCAGACUUGGUGCGUGGUUUAUGGGUUUGUAAAAGUUCUUUGUUGUUUGAUGAUGGAUAUGCUUCCAAAAGAGAUAGAGUUCUUCUUGAAUUUACGAAAAAGGACUCCAUCCCUUCAAAUAUCCUAGACAAAGUGAUCAAACUGGACGACCCUAGGAGGAAGAGGAUAUUAUUUCCAUUGUGUAGAAGACGUGGAAUUCUGAAGGAUUAUAAAUUUAUAUCUGCAGCAGAUUUGUCCUUUCUAAAACGCUAUCCUCAUGUAGUCAAUGAGCAAGAGCGUGCUUGGUCCGCUCGUGAGAUAGCUAUCCUCCAUGACACCCAUGAGAUGUGCAGUACUGUGUCAAGGAAGACCAAGAAUUCAACAAGUCCUAAUGUUCCUUCAAAAGGGCCUCAUCCAAAUAUGAGCAAGGGCAGGGACGGCUCUGCUCAAGGAAAUGAAAACCAUGUGCACUCUGUUUUGGAUACUGUUUUCACUGCCAAUAAAGUUCGCAGCAUGCAGGCAGUUGUUAGAGACUUGCGGCAGUUAGCUGCAAAAUAUGCUUCCAAUAGGAAGGAUGGACCAAAGCUGCAAGCUCUGGCCAAUGCUGCAAAAUCUUGUGCUUCACUUCCUCAUAAAGAGCUUGAUGAGUCGAUACGCCUAGUUGCUGUUCAUGUUCAUGGUGUAUAUGUUGCAAAGCAUGAGGAUAAGAAUUCUCUACGAAACAUACUCAUUUUGCUCUUCCUGAGAAAAGACCCCAAUGCAACAUUGACCAAGCAGGAAAUUCUUGCUGCUGCUGCGGAGUAUCUAAAAAGAGAAAUUACUGAUAAAGAGUACCAUCAGGUUGUGACGGAGAUCUGCAUGUCUACUGAAGAUGGACACUUGGUAUUGAAAAUUGGUGAUGAGCCCUGAGUUUGCUAUGAUUAGGCUUGUAAAUGACAGAUAAUGCUGCUUCCUUCGGUCCCAGCGGUUUGGCCGGUGCUGACUAUUACCAGCAGCUGAAAUUGAUGAACCUGAUUAUACCUCGGCCACAUUUCCUCCUAGCAUUAUGCCAAUAAUUGGACCACUUGACCGAAUUAUCCAUUUUAUCAGAUGCAAAUUUCUCAGUAAAUGCUAAUCUCUUUUCCAUGAUUAUGUUGACCAGAAUUCUUAUUCAUUGAUGAUUUCAAACAGAAGAUUUUUACCGCUGGCUGAAGUUAGCCCUCAUCAUCUUACCUAUCCUAAUUAUAUAUUUUUGGGUGUUAUGCUUCAUAGUGGUUCACUGAGCUUCAAGAGUUUUGCAAGAUCUGCAGUCACAGCAAAAUUAGUACAUAACCAAUCAUAGCAAGGUUAGCUUUGGUUAUAAGUUUCUGUAUUUUCCUUUCAGUAGGAACGAGGUUUGCUGAGAAAAACUUCUCGGUGGGUUAGUGCCCGACUUUUGAAACUGUAGAAAUGUCUGAUGCCUGUUGCCAUUGUUGGAAUGAUAUGUCGGUGGGUUAAUGAACGUGCCACUUAGGCUUUGGACGA